AUGAGUUUAGCUCGGUUAAUCAGGGAGCGCAAUGAGCAGCGAUCUGAGGACGGCACGCAAGGAGGAAAAGGUACGAACACCGGCACGGCCUUCAUCGGUGCCGCGAUGAGUUUCUCCUUGUCUCGUAUCCGUGCCGACCUUGACAGCCUAAAAGGCAUCUCCAGCAAGGUAACCGCUAGCCCGUCGGAUCCGUUCGUUGUCGGUGUUAUUGUUCAACCGGUCCGCGGUAUUUGGGAGGGAGGAACAUUCCACUUCGUUCUCAAGUUCUCUGAUGACUACCCGUAUGAAGGGCCCAAGGUGCGCUACACCGGUCCUAACCGCAUCUUUCAUCCCAAUAUUGAAGGGGAAGCUGACAAGGAAGACUGGGGUGUGUGCCUGGGAUUGCAAUUGGAGUGGCGGCCAUCGUACUCAAUAAGGGACUUGGUGAUCGGCAUCGAGCUCUUGUUUUCCUAUCCUGUGUGUGACGAUCCAUUACCGGGGGUUGCCAAGGCUGCCGCACUCAUGUUAAAGAAUCAUCCGUGUGAGUUCAGAAAAGUGGCUCGGUGUUGGAUGAGGGGGGAAUACUGUCAAAAUGAGGGUGAUUUGUUGCAAAAUGCUAAUGCUGAUGAAGAAUAUUGA